AUGUCAACGCCCUUCUUGCUAUGCCUCAAGGAUAUGGACCGUCUCGGUGCCUAUCUCAACAACGUCACGAACGAAUUGAUCUGCGGCGAUAAGAGGAUUCCGAUCAUCAAGGCAGACGCACCGCGCAGGUUCAAAUUCACGUUAAAGGAUAACUGCGAUUUCAACUACGAAUUGAUCGUCGAUGUAAUGCAUCUUGACAGCCGAGACGUGGAAGCACUCAAAUUGUGUUGGAUUGACACAUACCUAGGCCCUCCAGAUGUUAUCACGCACGACGCUGCUGAGUCGUUGCUUCAAAUGGCCUUCAAAUCCGUCAAUGAUACCGCCGGACCUGACGGUCUAGUGCCCACACUACUAGUCUUUGAGGUCACAGUUGAGCUAGACAACGGGCCAGCUAAAUUUCGCAGCACGGCUUUACGUGCAGAGAAAAUCACUACCGCCGGACGACCGUUUGAAGCCUCUGAUGACCUCGAAAUCACGAACCUGCUAGGCGCAGGCGUCAUCGUGCCCGAACGAUACGAUAUGAAUAAGCAUGGAAAACACAGGCUAUUCAAGUCACGAAUGGUCCGGGAGGUCAAAGGAUAUGGUGACGACGAGAAGCAGAUCAACGUCACGACCGCAGAGACCAACGCGGAUACCGCACUUCAGGUUAAUGCCUUCGGCGUUGCCGCGCUUCAGACUGAUGAUACGUUAUUGCCAAAGACCCUACGAGAAGGCGAUACCUGUGAUUUCAACGGCAGCCUCAUUGCUCUAGAGAAGGGCUAUCUUCUAGUCAUGCAGAAAGGUCUAGAAGCAGCAAAGGUCUUCGUCUUCACAGACGGAUCAUUCGCCAACAACAAGGACUUAAGCUCUCAGAUCGGAUUCGUUAUAAUCAUUGCAACCGAGACUAACUCGACGAAGUAUUCGUACAGCCUGUACGAGUGCCUAGUGAAGCUUGGCACCACCACGGAGAAACGUCUGAUGAUCGAUAUCAUGGCGUUGAGACAGGCCUACGAACAACGCGAAAUCACCAACAUCCGCUGGAUCAACGGAGCGGAUAACCCGGCCGAUGCAAUGACGAAGCUAUCUCCAAACGGGGCCUUGAUUCGUUAA